AUGCAGGAUGCGGAAGAGAUUGAGCGAUGUAUCACGGACGACGACGGUGAUGACGAAGAUGACGAUGAUGAGGACGAUAACGAUGAAUUUGUGCCAGAUCCAUCUGUAUGGAAACCUGGCUUGGAAGACUUGAUUUACAGUAAUGACACCAUUUCGAAAAUCUUGCCAACGCUGGAUAUAGAUCUUAUGUGCCAUCUCAUACAUAUAUUUUGCACUCGGGCAAACGCACAGCUGAGAUCGUUGCUAACACCGGCCCAAAUACAACAUCAUCUAUCCCAAGGUACCAUGUCUCGGGCCUUAGUGCUAGCGGUAUGCGCUUCAAGCAUCCGCUUCACUGUGCACAAAGCCGCGCGUGGACCGCACGCUCGCGGACUUGCCGAAUCAAUGGAACGAGAAGCACGAAAUUGCAUUCAAGCCUCCACUGUUACCUGGCAACAAGUAAACAACGUCAAGACUAUAUGUGUUUUAAUUGACUAUGAAGCCAGUAGGGCUCACGGUCGGCAAGCGUGGAUAGAUAUUGCAAUGGGUCGCAGCCUAGUGCAGCUAGCCAGAUCAGACAGCGAACUUGACGCGGAACAAAUUCAAGUGUUAAGCGUCGCAGAGCGGUAUCUCGCCAUUGCACAGGCAUCUCAUUGCCUGGGCCAUCGCCAUCUCCAACCUUCAAGCAGCCGACCAGCCAAAAGACCGAGGUUGGAAUGUGCACCAUGCCCCGAAGAUUGCCCACAUCUAGUAGAAUUACUUGAACUUCUUUCUUGCAUCAAUCAACUGUGUCUUACCCCAUUCAAGGAGCAGAAUCCACCACCCUGGACCUUGAAUUCAGAAUUUCGAGCGCUACAGGAUGAUCUGGAAGAAUAUCUCCUCCGCCACCCUAGCACGUUCCGCUUCGGCUCCAAUUCUCCUUCGGGGCGACCUUCGAGGCUGGAGGAUCUGGACGCAUCUAUUUCUUCUAUGGUCUGGCAUUGCUGUGUUAUCGUCCUUAACCGUACCUUCCUUCCGAUACCGGAAAGACGACCCCAGUCAGCGGAAGAUGGCGGGCAAGACCUGCCGAUUCGCUGUGUUGAGUUCCCCGAAGCACCACCUUUAUUUUUGAAGGAGAGGAUUUACCGAUGUGAGUCUAGUGCAGACGCAAUAUGCGACAUUUCGCAAGAUGUUAUCAGAAAUGGAGGGUUCUAUUCUCAUGCGCUAUUCGUCGGGUUUGCCUGCACGCAGAGUGCACUAGUAUCUAUCAAUCGGCUCCACCGGUCACCGAGGCCAUACGAUAAUCGGAUUCUGGAGAACCUGAAACUUGCCUUUAUUGUACUGGGGGCGCUCAAAACAUUCUAUGCCCCAGCGAAAGAGUGGAUGGAUGUUCUCUUUCGUGCCCACGAUACAAAUACUAGACUCAGACAUGCAUCUGAGACAAUUGACCAGUCAUUCAACAGCUACUUCAGUCGGUUUCUCGAUCUUGAGGAGCCCACAUUCAUGCCACUAGAUCCCAAGAAUAGCGAAAAUAUAUCCGGAGAUACCGAGGGGGACGACGAUCCGGAGCCGAUUCGACAAUUGCAGGAUGAAAACCCCACUGGAAGUCAAGAACAACCAGAGUCCGGAGAAAAGGCACCGGAAUGGCUCCAAGCGUAUGCAGGCCAUCUGUCAGCAGAUAUAGACACAGAUGAUGAACAGAACCCCGACGAAAGUCCACACAACUCAGGCGUAUAUAUUGAUCCAUCGCUACAAGCGAUGGGAACCAUCACCCAGAUGAUCCCAGGCCCCGCUUUCCAUGACGGACAAGGCCAGGGGUUCAUUGGAAUGGAACCAGGUGACUCAGAAGUGUCGCCAAUUCAUAUGGCUGGCGCAAUCCUCACGUCUAUGUCAGGUGGAACACCGAACUUCCCCCUGCCAGCACAAAACCAACAACUCCAAUCACAUGGGGAAUCUCAUCUGGAGUACGACCGAUGCCCCAUGACUAGGGAUGCUAAUGAUUUAUUUCCGGGGCUCUUCAGUCAGAUGUCCACGUUUGCUGAAUUCGCGGGACUUGGUCCCGAGAUGUCUAUCUUUCCGGGACUGGAAUCUGUUGUUGGUGAGUCGGACAUAUGGUCAGAUAUAUUUAACAAUAAUAUGUUCAAGUGA